GUUGAUAGUCCACGACAGAGAAGAAGGGGCUUCCGAAGCAGAAGAAGAACAGAGAAAAACCUCCAUCAAUCUCCGGGAGCUCAAGCUCUACAGUGAUGUACGGAGGAGAUGAAGUUUCGGCCAUAGUCGUAGACUUGGGCUCUCACACUUGCAAGGCUGGUUACGCCGGCGAAGAUGCUCCCAAAGCCGUCUUCCCUUCCAUUGUUGGAUCAAUUGAUCAAAUGGAAGUUGACAAUCACGAUAAUCCAGAUAAUAAUUCUAAAUCCAAGAGUAAGGGCAUAUUGUAUGUAGGAUCACAAGCCUUGGGUUUCCGCAGGGAUUACAUGGAGGUAUUACCAUCCAUAAAAGAUGGAAUAGUUGCUGACUGGGAAAUUGUUGAAAACAUAUGGGACCAUGCCUUUAGGGAAUGCUUGUUGAUAGAUCCUAAAGAGCAUCCCAUGCUUCUGGCUGAGCCAUGUUCUAAUACUCAACAACAGAGAGAAAAGGCAGCAGAGCUUAUGUUUGAAAAAUACCAAGUCCCUGCUUUGUUUUUGGCCAAAAAUCCAGUUCUGACAUCUUUUGCAUCAGGACGUGCCACCUCUCUGGUGAUAGAUAGUGGUGGAGGGUCGACUACAAUUGCUCCUGUGCAUGAUGGAUAUGUUCUUCAAAGGGCUGUUACUACAUCUCCUAUAGGGGGUGAAGUGCUUACUGAAGCCUUGAUGAGAAGUUUGGAACAAAAGGGCAUUGUUAUAAAACCUCGAUAUUCUUUCAGGAGAAAAGAAAUCCGGCCAGGAGAAUUUCAGAUGGUAGAUCUUGAUUUUCCUAAUACAACCCAAAGUUACAAACUCUAUUACCAGAAAGUGAUUGCUGGUGACAUCAAAGAAUGUGUAUGCCGAGCCCCAGAUACUCCAUAUGAUGAUACUUCAUACUCGAAUAUUCCGAUGACACCUUAUGAGCUUCCUGAUGGGCAGACAAUAGAAAUUGGUGCAGACAGAUUCAAGAUUCCUGACAUCUUAUUCAAUCCAUCAUUGGUUCGGACCAUUCCCGGUAUGGAAAGUUUUGCUGAGAGUGCUGCUUCCCUCCGGAGCCUGCCACAAAUGGUCAUCGAGAGUAUAAAUAGGAGUGAUGUGGAUAUUCGAAGAGAACUCUAUAGCAGUAUAUUGCUUGCUGGUGGAACAGCAUCAAUGCAACAAUUGAAAGAACGUCUUGAGAAAGACUUGCUUGAGAAAUCUCCACAAGCAGCAAGAGUCAAAGUACUGGCAAGUGGAAAUGCAACAGAAAGGAGGUUCAGUGUAUGGAUAGGGGGCAGUAUACUGGCAUCACUUGGUUCUUUUCAGCAAAUGUGGUUUUCAAAGUCUGAGUAUGAAGAACAUGGAGCUCUGUUUGUUCAAAGGAAAUGUCCUUAAUUUGCACCAGUUUCAGCAGGACUGCUAUUCCUGCAAUGCAUCAUUCCUUUGUUUGAUGAGAAAAUCAUGUACAUUUAGUUCACACUAAUCCAAAAAAUUGAUGUAGUUUCCCUGCUAACCGGGCACCAUUGUAGCCCAUUUAGACGACAUUGUGAACUUGGUUACUGCGUUAUUUUUUGAAGCUUCAACAAUCUAAAACUGAUCUGCCUUUAAUGGUGUAGUUUCUACAGCGCAAGACUUAUUGAGGCAUAAUGUACAAUUGAUAGUGUAGAAAACUUGAUUUCUCUGUGUAAUUUGAUCAUUGGAGUUCAUUUGUAUUUACUUAGUUACUUGAUCUCCAUGACUUGUCAACUGAUACUGGAAGCAGUACAGUAGUUAUUUUCUGGGUAAAUAACUUGUGCUUGCCUUAA